UCGGUUUCAUCCUAUCUUAUCUUCUCUUCUCUCAUACAGGAAUGUUUAAAUAUCUACAAUUCCUUCAAGUUGCUAAUCUUGAACUUGGCUUACAUCAAAUUCGAUUAUAUUUUAUUUAAUAAAUAAAAAUUAACUUAUUUCCAUUGAAGGUGUAAUCACUUAAAUGUACAUUUAUUCUUAUUCUUAUUAAGAUAAAAUCAAUCUCAGUGAACAGUAAAUUUCACUUUCUUCGGUUACUUGUAAUUCAACGCCAGUCUAAACGAUAUGUCGCGUUUCAAGUGGAAAAUGACCAUCAUUGGUCAGACACGGCGCUCCAAAGCCAUACCGAUACCUUGACUCUGUUAAAAACAAUUUAAUCCUUUCAAGAUACACUUUUUUAACGAACGAACGCGACAGCAUAAUAGCGUAGAAUAUAAUACACUAAAGUUUGAAACAGUACAAGCUAAUUAUAAUUUUUUAAAUAACAUAUUGGAUUACAACGUUUUGUCGCUUAGCGAUAUAACAAUGGUAUCAGAAAACUUAUAACAGCUCAAUUGUCUUAAAAUUUAAAUUCCAUUUUCACAAUAUACAAAAUAAACAAAGACCUAUAGAAGAAAUCUUGCAUUAACGAAUACCAUAUUCGUUCGUAUUCAAUCCUCUGUCAUUCGAAAAUGAAAUUUCAUAGAUCCAACGAUCGAGACAAUUUGACGAUCAUCGCUUAAUAUCGAUCCUCCUUAACACGAAACUGAGACAUCCUUAGAAGGAUGAACAAAGAAUCUACCUACAAAAUAAAUCUCACCCUGAAACAUCAAUAUUUAACUAUAACAAUCAUUAAUCAUUCAAAAAACGAGACUUUAUAUAUUCGAUAAUCAACAUACGAUUCGACGAUCAUCAAUUAAUAUCAAUCUUCCCCAGAAUGAAACUGGGACGUUUCUGGAAAGUUGGCGUUCAGUGUAAUUUCUGGAAUGUCGAGGCGAACUUGGAAAAAGCAUCGGCGGUCUGAGGGAUCCCCUAUGGAAACUCCAUCAAUAUUUUCCAAUCAGCAUUCGAUUGCACGGUACAUCCCUACCCCUGUGGCUUGUUCGUAGUCGGGGGCAAAUACGGAGGGUGUAAGGGGGUCGCAGUGUAGGCGUAUAUGGUGGUGGUAUGCGGCAUAGUCGGCAUAGCGCCGCGACUCCCCGACGCCAUAUUGCAUUAUUAAGCACCCCUAUCAGUUUCUCACCCCUGCAUUCCAGCAUUAUGAACGUUUUUAUCCCUAAAGGGCGUCGUUUUGCCUAUGUGAAACGAAACGGGUGCUUCCACUGCUGGAUACUAAUUCGCUUCUCACGUUAUUUCAUCAAGAUCCUUGAUCCUUGAAAAACCUCUGGUCGUCUCUUCGCGCGUCAACUUCUUCAUCUAUGGGAAUUAAACCGGUACACGUAUCCAGAAGAAUUCGUUGAACAGACACUGACACUUUUUCCGAUCGAUUUCGAUUAAAGAUUUAGGAGCGGAACGCUUUCGAUGUACGUCUAGUUCAGUGUUCGCUACGUCACAAAUCAUUAUUUGUCCUAUAUCGGAUACAGAAACUGUUACGUUAGGCUCGUGCACGUCGAUGGCGGCAGAUAGACAGUCGAGAACAUCGCGUUUACGUCGUUGAAUUACGAUUUCUAUGUUAGUGCGAGACUUUGUAGAGAAGGAAAGUAACCUGUUAAAAGGAACUAAUGCCAUACAUAGAUCCACCCAUUUCUCCCGCUCGUCCUUUCGAGGAUCCGCUAAGAAGAUCGCACGGAAGGACGCGUUUGCGCAGGAAUUGAAGAAUCCUCGCUGCCUGGAUCCUCGAUAUAUCCGCGGUGGUAGGCGAAAGUGCGGAUUGUUCGGUCGUGGCUCAUUCAACGUACACCGGUUGGACCUUACGAUCUUCGUCGUCGUCGUCGUCGUCGUCGUCGCUAGCAACAGGUUUUCAAGGGCCAAACAGAUCAUCAUGGACAUUCAGGAGUUUCGCAUGCGUGGCAAGGAGAUGGUGGAGUACAUUUGCGAAUUCAUGAGUAAUAUUCACAACCGGAGAGUAACACCGGACGUUGGCCCCGGAUAUUUGAGGCCCCUCCUACCAUCGGAAGCACCGCGGGAACCUGAACCUUGGGAGGACAUCAUGAGGGACGUCGAAUCGAAGAUCAUGCCCGGAAUAACUCACUGGCAACAUCCACGGUUUCACGCGUACUUUCCAGCUGGAAAUUCUUUUCCAUCGAUUCUUGGCGAUAUGUUGUCGGAUGCAAUAGGUUGUAUUGGAUUUUCAUGGGCGGCCAGUCCAGCCUGCACGGAGCUCGAGACGAUAGUCUGUGACUGGUUCGGCAAAGCCAUUGGUCUGCCGACGGACUUUCUUUAUUUUAGCCCUGGCAGCAAAGGAGGCGGUGUGAUACAAGGCUCAGCUUCGGAGUGUGUUUUAGUGUGUAUGCUGGCAGCAAGAGCUCAAGCUAUUGGUAGAUUAAAAGAGUUACCUGCUCACGCACAUUUGGACGAAACUGCUCUUUUAGGAAAGUUAAUGGCUUACUGUAGUCGCGAAAGUCACAGCUGCGUCGAAAAGGACGCGAUGAUCUGCUUCGUAAAAUUAAGGAUUUUGGAGCCCGACGACAAGAGCGUUCUUCGUGGUGAAACUUUGCGUCAGGCAAUCGAAGCUGAUACAGCCGAAGGAUACAUCCCCUUCUUCGUUUCUACUACUUUAGGCACAACUGCUUGUUGCUCCUUCGAUAAUCUCAGGGAAAUCGGUCCAGUUUGUAAAAAAUAUCCAGGCGUAUGGUUACACGUGGAUGCGGCUUACGCAGGCAACUCGUUCAUUUGUCCUGAACUAAAGUACCUGAUGGCUGGUAUUGAAUACGCAGAUUCUUUCAACACCAACACGAACAAAUUCCUAUUAACGAACUUCGAUUGUUCCUGUCUCUGGGUUCGUGAUAGAUUCAAGUUGACUGGCGCGCUCGUCGUCGAUCCUCUUUACCUGCAGCAUACUCACGCGGAUACAGCCAUCGAUUAUAGACACUGGAGCAUACCACUGAGCCGACGAUUUCGUUCCUUGAAGCUGUGGUUCGUGAUGAGAAGCUACGGGAUAUCCGGCUUGCAGGCCUACAUUCGAAAUCACGUUCAAUUGGCGAAAAGAUUCGAGGCGUUGGUGAGGAAGGAUUCGAGAUUCGAGCUCUGUAACGAAGUUGUGUUGGGCCUGGUUUGUUUCCGAGCAAAAGGCACCGACAAGCUAAAUCAGAAGCUUCUUAGUGCUAUCAAUGAUUCUGGAAAGCUGCAUAUGGUGCCAGCCAGAGUGAAUCAACGCUUCACGAUUCGUUUCGCACUUGCUGCGCCGAAUGCCACCGCUUCUGACGUUGACAUAGCGUGGAGCAUAAUCACGGAUUAUUUAGCCGAGUUGUUAGAGUCCAAGGAUGUCAUGGAUGAGCUGACACAGAGGAAAAUGCUCGAGGAGAAGAAGAGAGCCACUUUGGAGCAAAGAAGGUCCUUCUUCGUCCGCAUGGUGUCUGAUCCUGCGAUUCAGCCUGGUUUUACGAAGACGCCGAACAGGACAGGGGGAAAGCUCGAUACUCAAGCAACCAUCGGUGGCAUCGGUUCGAAUCCUACGAACAGCGCAACUAUGUCUGACGGUAGACGUUCGUGGAUAUCGUGGCCACUGGCGUAUUUGAUGAAGGACGCGGCCGAUACUAGCGAACUAUCUCUUAGAUUUCGUCAUCUGGAUACCAUGGUACGGCUGAAAGCAAGCGGUACCGGAAGUCGUCGCGGAAGCAGCAACGGAUGCAGUCCGGAUCCAUCGCCAUCCGCUUCGCCGUCCCGUGGAAGAUCGCCAAAUGGCAGAGCGUAAAACCUUGCCCGAUCCUUCGUCGUUUUUUUUUUCCUCUAAAGUUUCGAAAGUUUCUCCAGAUACAUCGACAGGAAUGAAACUUAAAUAACGAAGCAACAACGAUUCUCGCAAUCGAACCACGUACGGAUACUGCCGACGGAAUCGUCGAUUGAAAAGAAACGGUGCAAGAUUCUUCGAACAAGAAAAUUCCCUUAAAAUUGCUCAGCAACAGUCGACGAAUGAAAAUAUGGUCGAAAUUGAUCGACGACCCUGUUUGAUCGUGGCAUCGUUUUUCGUCGCCUGUUUAGUCGGCCCUUCGGGACUGUGUGCAGUAGUUGCAAAGUUUCGCGUUCACGGCUCGACCGAAGGAAGCGGCUCGAUAGAUAUAAGUACAUCAUCUUUACUUGCUUAUCGAUCUGUUUAUAUAAGUGUGCUCUCUUUGGAUCGCGACAGAAUCGUGUACCACGUGAAACACGCUACGUAUGUAACAUAUUAUUCUAUCCAAUAUACAUUACAUAUAUGGUAUAUAAAGCGUGCUCUAUAUAGUAAAAUGGAUUUCCUCAAGUA